AUGUCUAGUAGUAUGUCAGGUAUACCUGGUCCACCUAGAUUAUCAUUAUCUACUCAACCUGGUCCUUCUCUUACUCCCAUUCGUAGACCUCAAGGUGCACGUAGAAGAGGUAUCGCACCUGGUCUUUUCGUCGCCAAUCCAGAUAAUUCUGAUGAAGAAUCUUCUUCACCACAACGUAUUAGUCCAAGUAAAACAUCCCCAUUAUCAUCAUGGUCAACACAUCGAAAUCAAUCUAUAACAAGUUCUAUUCCAGUUCCAAUACCACCUUCACCUCAAGAAUCUACCACCACUACACAGAUUUCCACUUCACAAGGAUUACAAAAUGGUCAAAAUAUACAAAAUAUCAAUGGUCAUACUUCAAUACCUUCACCCGUUGGUAUACGUGGGAAUGGCCUUCCAUUCGGUAUACCUAGUAUCCCCGCUCCUCUUUCUUCACCAUUACCAUCUCAAGCUAUAUUCUUAACAUCUACAAAUAACGAUCAAAUACAUUCACCGGUUCCACCUCAACCUCCUCCUCAACCAGAAAGACAUAUGCGUAGAGCUUAUACAACUCCGACUGCCACGAUACUUCCUACCGAUUUACCUCGCCCUUCACACGAACCUAGAACUGCGAGUGGAACAAAUUUAAGAGAAAGACCACCAGCUUCACCAAGUAGAGCUUUACCGCCACUUCCUUCACCAUCAUCUAGUCCAAUGGGUUUAUCAGGACAAAUCGGACAAAUAGUCUCUUCUCCUCCUCCAAUGUCUUCCCAACCUUCUUCUGCAAAUGGUCAUGCCAUAUCUUUCCUUCCUCAACCACCUACACCAUCCAGUAGUUAUUCCAGUUCUGAUCGACCAUUACCUCUAUCCGGUACACGAGUCACCAGUCCUGAAGACACUUUGAGUCCAGCGUCAGGUAGUGAAGGUGGACGUGGUCCCAAUGGUGCUCCAAUGAUUGGAAGAGCCAGAUCAGGAUCGAUGCACAAACGUCUAUUACAAGUCACAUUGGAUGGCGAUAAUUUCACUUUGGUCGACAUCACUUCGAUGCAUACAGCACCUACCAUCAUGGAAACGAUAUUUUCCAAAUUACGAUUCGCGGACGAUGAUUAUCCUGGUUUAAGAAUCUACAGAACGGAAUUCGGUGAAGCUCCUGAUCCACAACCUUUAUCACCAGAAGCUUUACUUCAAUUGUGCGAAACAUUGUGCGAUUCUAAAGCACUCCUCAAACUUCUCGUCAAACAGACCGGAGUUCCUAGUGCUUUCUCCGCACCUGUAGUCCCUCCCGCAACAGUCCAUUACCGUUCCAACGCCGAGAGAAGAGCCGACAUGCCUCCCAUCGCUACCGAUUUCGCAGCUCGUAGAUUGAGGAGAACACCUAGUCGACAUUCUAAAGAAGGAAGUCAAAGCUCCAUCAGCGACGCUUACGAUCUAGGAGCUGGUUCAGGUAACAGUGCUAGCGAAUGGAGUGAGGUGGAUGCCGAUGGAGAAUUGAGAAGACGUAGAAGAUUAUUAGGAAGUUCUAGUUCGAGAUCUCCAAGGACUGAUCCUUCUACUUCACUCGGGACUAGUUCUCCGUCUUUACCUACUCCCCCAGCUCCACCGCAUUUCAACCCCCCACUCCAAUCAUGGUCAGCCAGCUCCUCGCCAUCCAUAAGAGGACAGACUCUCGACGUGCCUCGCUCUCCUUCGAUAGACGGACACAAACAGCAACGUGGUAGCCUCACCCCUACCGCUCAAGCUUUCCCCUUUUCGGACAAUCAAGCAGGUCCGAGUAGACCGCAGAAUAGACCAGAUGCUGGACUCGGCCUCAAUAUUGACUUGAGUGGUAUGGAUCCCGAGACCAGGGCGUUGAUUGAGCAGUUCAAGAGGGAAGAAGACGAGGCCAGGCUCGAAGCUGAGGAACGUAAACGACAAGAAGAAGCUGAUCUGGAGUUAGCACGUAAGGAGCAACGAGCUGAAAGAAUUGAAUGGGAACGGCUGCAAGGAGGGAUAGAGGAUAGAAGACGGCAACAGGAACAGGAUGAAGCACAAGCUCGUCAAGUUCAAGAACAUGAAAGACGACUGGAGGAUCAACGAAGAGCACAAGAAGCCGCAAAUGCACAAUGGGAAGCUAAUCAAGAACUUGCUAAUACACAAUGGGACGCCAGCCAAGAACACGAUACUCGAGCCGCGGUCAUGAGUCAAACGAGAAGACAAAUUCGGGAUCAAUGGAUACAACGAGGUCAGAUGGCUCGGACGGGACAAGAUGUCGAUUCUUGGAUUUCCCAUGUCCCUGUUGAAGCACCGCAGAACGCUCUAGGUCAACGAAGACCUUCCGAUCAUCAAUAUCCUACCAUCAAUCCUCUGUUCGAGCGGCAAUCCUACGACACCACUCCAGAGUUCCAAUCACCGGUACCCACCGCUGCUGGGGUCGCUCAAUAUCUGCAACCACGUCGACCUUCUGGCUAUCUCGAAGCCAAUGGCGGACAAGAUCGUCUCAGUGAUCCCCGCUUACACCAAUUAGGUCGGAUACCACCCGGACAGAAUGUUUCCAAUGCUGGAACGAACACAAUGCACAGACAAGACACACAUACGAGACAUCCAUAUGCGUAUCCUCGACUUGAACUACAUUCCCCUUCAUUGAGUAACGUUCGAUCCAUGGAGAAUCUCAGACCUAUCCCUCCUCAAGGUCCCGCACCACGAUCACCAUAUCAAAGUGUCCCACCCAGAGCUGCUAUCACCCCAUCUCCAGGGUAUAUCGAUACCAGAAAUUUCCCUGCCACUGCUGGUGGACGCUCACCUUCGUUUGACCGGAUGCAGGAUGGUAGAUAUCCCGACUCAUCACAAUCAGCGCCUGCUAGAGUCCCUCCUUUGCAAAUUAAUUCUUCAUCUGGCUCACCUAUCGGUAUUGUCCCCUUCCCUUCUCCUCAACUGAGCUCGGCAAGUCCUGCGUCAUGGAGAUCACCAAGAGAACCACAACGAAGACCGUCACACGACCAAAAUACCUCUCGACCUUCCUCGAUACAUUAUGACCGUUCACCUCCGAUAGUUUCUCCUCAAACUUCCACAUUACCCCGUCGUCCUUCGACUUAUUAUGAUGAGAGCAGCCCUCCCCCCACGGCUCGGAUCUUUAUCAACGAUGAUAAUCCUGAUUUCCGUAUGGGAGCUUGGCGGCAACGAAGUGGAUCCGAUAACGUCUCUCGACAGACAUUAUCUCCUCAGCUUGAAGAACUUCGUCAUGUUGGUCAAGGAGGUAUCUUGAGUGAUGACGGAUCUCAUCUCCCUUACGUGAGAUCUCCAGAACAAUCAUGGCUGGAAGUACCUCGCCAACGGACGGAUACAAGUGAUUCUGCUUCUGUGGCAGGCACGGUGAGCUCUGGAUUUUCUGAAGCUACAAUCAGAGCACGUACCAUGUCUGGAGAAGGUGAUGAAGAUGAUUCAGGAAAUACCGCUCGUGUUGGAGAUUUACAAAAGAGACUUCAAGACAUGAUCCAUUCUGCUCGUCCUAUGGUUCCCAAUGACGAAGACGAUGAAGACGAAGCGACACUUUGGAUCACCGCACCUUCUAGAAGUACAGAUUCUCCAAAACCUUUACACCGAACCAUGGCCCUUCGUCCAUCACCUUCGAAACCCAAUCUGACAGUAAAUACCAAUGCCGCAGCGAGAAAUAUGGCAGAUAGAUCAGCUACAACCCCAUCCGAUAGCGCUACUGAAUCGGAAGGUGAACGUAUUCAUCGUGUCAAAUCUUUUGCAAGACAAAAAGAUCCAGAUCAAUGGCUCGUUCGACCUGAUCCUGAUAUGCUUUAUGACAAUUUAUCCAGUUUCUUCCCCAAGAUUGACCUUGAUAAACCAAUCGUCGAAGGAGGUAUGUCAACACCUACAACGCCAUCGGAAUCACCUCAACGACCCGUACCUGACGAUUCAUUCCCUCCUCCGCCUGUUCAUCCUUCGAGACUUCAAUCGCAGACUCAACAUAUCUCAUCUGCUGUCAAGAAUGAAGAAGCACAUAGACCACCACCAUUACAUCCAGCAAGGACUGCGUUUAACAAAGCGGAGAAUAGAAAGAGUAUAAGAGUCAUGGCGGAUCAUAAGAGGAAGACUAUGUUGAAGGAGAAUCGGGACGGUGGAGAGAAAGAACCUAGGAAUGUUUUGGCUACUAGAGCGGAUAGGAGGGUGGAGAGAAGAAAGAGUUCGAGUAUGUGGGGACAUAGAGUGGUGGAAGUCACACCGGGUAAAAUGUCCUCGAUUCCACCUGCAAUACCUGAAAGUCCCUCUAGCGAUGGUAAACCUCCCAUCAUGAACUGGGUCAAAGGUGAACUCAUCGGUAAAGGAUCUUACGGUCGUGUUUACCUCGCUAUGAACGUCUCAACUGGAGACAUGAUGGCUGUCAAACAGGUCGAAUUACCCGCUACGGAGAGAGAUAGGAAUGAUUCAAGACAAAUGGGAAUGAUUGACGCUCUACGAUCGGAGAUUGCAUUAUUGAAAGAUUUAUAUCACCCGAAUAUCGUCGCGUAUCUCGGUUGUGAGACCAGUCCGGAGUAUUUGUCUAUCUUCCUCGAGUACGUAGGAGGAGGUACUAUAGCAUCAAUUUAUCGGACACCCAAUCAAGGUAGAUUCGAAGAACAACUUGUCAAAUACUUUACUGCUCAGAUUCUCGAAGGUUUGGCGUAUCUGCACAGUAGGAACAUUUGUCAUCGGGAUCUUAAAGGUGACAAUAUCCUCGUUGAUGCCGAGGGAAUCUGUAAAAUCUCAGAUUUUGGUAUAUCAAAGCAAACUGCGGACGCGUACGACUCGUUUGGACAAGCUACCAAUAUGAAAGGCUCGGUCUUUUGGAUGGCUCCAGAAGUUAUCCAUUCGGUUAAUGAUAGGACUUAUUCUGGUAAAGUUGAUAUUUGGAGUUUGGGAUGUGUGGUACUGGAAAUGUGGACGGGGCAACGUCCUUGGGGUGAGAUGGAACAGGUUGCGGCGAUGGUGAAGUUAUUCAGCAAUCGAGCUAGACCUCCUCUCCCACCUGACAUCCACCUCUCAGCCACCGCUUUGGACUUUAUGAACGAAAAGUGCAUGGCUAAGAAUCCUCGGGAUCGACCCAUGGCCGUUGAACUCUUGCAACAUCCUUUCAUCACGGAGUAUGAUCCUAAUUGGACUUUUGCAGAGAGCAAGAUCGGGAUGGCCGUUAGGAAGAAAGCGCCAAAACGGACGGUUGUGUAG